AUGGCAAGCACAAAAAUCAUCAUUGGACAUAUUGUUAUUUCUCUCUUCUUCCUUUUUGCAUCAACUCAAUGUGAAGUUAAGAGCCUUAAUGUUAGCACUCUUUGCAUUAAGGAAGAGAGAGUGGCACUCCUUAACAUCAAAAAAGAUCUCAAUGAUCCUUCCAAUUGCCUUUCGUCAUGGGUCGGGGAAGAUUGCUGUAAUUGGAAGGGUAUUGAAUGUGACAACCAAACUGGUCAUAUUCUAAAGUUUGAGCUCAAUACCUAUGUUAUCUGCAACAAAACUGUAAGAAUGGUCCCUACUGAUCUUGGUAAUUUGUCAAAUUUGCACCAUCUUGAUAUCUCUAGUUCAGAUUCUUCAGUUUGGGUCAGAGACUUAAGCUGGCUUUCUGCUCUGUCUUCACUUCAAUAUCUUGGCAUGGAUUAUGUCAAUGUUACCAACUCGUCCCUCUAG